AUGAACAAAUAAAUCUUCUGCAUACUUUUACUUGCAUUACUCUGUUUAAGUGCAGCUCAAAAUUUGAGAAAUCUCUAAACAGAUGGAAAUGAAACUAAAACAGAAAAAAAAAUAUGUAAUCCAGUAACUGGAGAAUGCUGCAUACCUAGCGAAUCUGAUUGUAGUUGUUGGUUUUACCUCUUGGUUGAUAAUGAAUUUAAAGCAUUUUAUAUGUGUGAUGACUGA